AUGAUCAUUACAACACACAACCCUGUGGUUUAUAUUUGCACUCCUUCGACGUGUAUUAGCAACAUCAAUCAAAGCUUUGAUACAAGUGCUACCGUAUUGAAAUCGUAUAUUGACCGAUUACAUUCUAGGUCGGGAUCAUUGGACUUGUUUUUAAGAAAUCUUUCUCUGCAAUCGUAUGGCUCUUCCGUGGAAGUGAAAAUUCAAAGUACUUUAUCCUCUCCAACAUUUCACUUUCUUUCCGAACUUCCAUAUGAACUAGUUCAUCAAAUAUUUUUAUUUGUUGACAACGCCACACUAUUGAGUGUGAUGAUUUCAUGCAAAACACUUUUCGAUAUUACCAACUCGUCACAAUUUUGGAAGGAAAAAAGCCAACAUGAAGGUUUGAAAAAAGGUGUCUGGGACAAACAGUUGUAUUCUUUACUUGAAGGCGAUUAUUGCAAGAAAUAUUACUUGAACAUUGUUGCAAGAAAAAACUGUUACAAAGUGAAAUAUUCCGAUGAUAAGAAUGUGAUAUUUCUUCGUGAAGACUCUACAAAUACCAACAUUGGAUUUGCAUCCUGUGCUGCUAUUUAUAUCGAUGCUAGUAUUUAUUCUGAAUUUUCGAGUGCGGACAUCGAGAAUCAAGAUGAAAAUAAUAUCGAUCUCCUCGUGAGACUUAAAUCAACAUUGCUAAAAUGUUUCACAAUGGGGAUAAAAAGUGUUUCGUUUUUAGUAGAUGUUUGCAAUUGUGACGAGUCACAGAUACCACAUAUCAAACAUAUCCAAAAUAUUUUAGCUCGACUCCUGCAAAAUUUAUGUAGGCGGAUUGGCUACCAGAAAGGUGAUCACAUUCUGAUCAUUAAUUCCAAGACUUUGGAUGGAGUGUUACACACUGAAGAUAUCACAGGAACUGGUCAAACAUAUCUUAAACAUGUGAUAGAAAACUGUCGAGCUCAGUAUAACAGUAGCUCUAACUUUACAGCAACCGUUCUAAAUGUGAAUAGUAUUACUAAACGAGAAAACAAACUUCGAGUAAUAGCACAGAUAGCGCUCACCACGGGAAGACUAAACGAGAAUGCAAGAUUUGUUUUGUACACCAAUAGUCAUGAAACAUGCUCCAAAAUUAGAGGACAAUUUAUGAAAGUGUUUCCAACAAUGGAUGAUGAAAGAAUUCCCAUGAUCAAUGAUACUUCCAUCAUUACAUCGCCUUCUCAUUUCUUUAAAGUUGUGACUGUUCAUUUUGACCUUUUUACGAAAGAUGUAACACUUCCCUUAAGAGCGGGUUGUACGCUGCAAGAUAACAACCUUGAAAAUGAAGGACAACCUAUUUCUUUCACAGCACAACUAAUAGCCCUAGGAUCUUCCUUAAAAACCGAAGAAGUGGUCCUGUGUAGUGGUUCUUCGUUUUGUUUUCCCACCAAGCUGGCUCUCAAGACAUUGAUAGAUAAGCGCUCAGGAAGGGAAUUGCAAGAGAACCCUGCGAUAGUUGCCAAGUCAGAAGCUGCCUUAGCCAAAUGUGAUAUUUUGGAAGAGGCUGACAGGUAUUGCAAUACUGCUCUCCUAAAUGCAUUCCCCUCAAACCCCACCUAUGGACGACUCAUUCUUAAUUCCAUUCCUGAAUCCAUACGUCAAAGCAAUUUGCCAAUAUUUUUGAAAAAGUUAUUAAUUCAAGAAAUGGAGCCAACUGCUGUAGCCAUAUGUAAAUCCGUAGAAAGACAGAAUAAGGGCAGAUUCUAUUCUGACAUUGAAAUUUAUAAGCCCACUUGUGUCUAUGGUGUUGGUAGCCAACUCUUGUGUGAGAUCAACGAUCAUUAA